AUGAUUAAAGAUAAAAAGAAUGACACUUUUGAAUUUAAUUGUCAAUGUUAGAAUCUAGGUGAUAUUUUCCUAACUACAUCAACAAAUUUCAGUAAAGUAGACUCUACUAAUUAAUAAAUUGUCGAUCUUAAUGUUUAAUCAACUAUUCAAGAUGUACUAGUAUUAAGAAUAUGUACAAGCUCUUUAACACUAAUAUUUAUUAUACUUUAUAUUUAUCAAUUAAAAGAAGAUUGUUAAGACCAGAAUAAAGAAUUGUAAACUGAAGAAGGGAAUUUAUAAGGGACAAAUAUUCAAGAUAAGAAUCUUAUUUAUUAAGGCAAUGCUAAAGUAUUCAAAGAAAAAUUAAAGGUAAUUUUUAAAUAUUAUCAUUAGUAAAUCCAUCAAACUAUAUCUUUAUUUUAUUAUAAAGAAAAAACCAUUCAAUUAUGCUACAGGAUUUUAGAAGUUCUCUCUUAGUCAAAUUUAUUGUUAACCUUGGCAAUUAUGGAAUGUUAUUGGUUAGAAAACUAUAUUCUUUAAAUUUGUUUAUUUGCAAUAGCAAAUCCAAUUGUAAUUUUGAUUUUGAGAAUUCUUUAUAAGAUAUUAGAAUCGAUCUAUUUAUUUGGAAAAAUUGCAGCUCUUAUAAGUCAUUUGCUGCUAGUAAUUUUUUUGAUAUUGCCGGUCUCUAUUUUAUUUCUUUUAUAAUUAUUGAAGUAAUUUAUUAGAUUAAUUUAGUAUAUCUAUGCAGUCAGAAUAAUAUAAAGUUUUUAUUAUAUUUGGAGGGAAUAUAAUAAUUUCAUAAAUCCUUAUAGAACCAUUUACAAUCUAUGCUAGAAUAAUAAUUUAUAGGUUGAUAGCGCGUAGCAUAUAGAACAUGGAACUUAACCCCGCCUUUCAUUUAUUGCAUUUUUUUGCCAUGCAUAGCAUUUUAGAAGAUAGUUUUGAAGAUUUUACAAGAAUAUGA